UGCUGCGGUCUCCCUAUACAGGAUUCUAUAUGAUCACUGCUAUCAUUGCUAAUUAAGGAGUGACAUCUGCAUGUAAAGUGCAAGUCAGCUUCUCUGAGUCCCCAGAUGUGACCAUCAGGAAGGGAUGAGGAAGUCUUAGCUUUCCAGUAAUAAAUCUGACAGCUCUGCAUGGGAAAACCCUCCAAGUUUUUAGUUUAAUGAAUCCUUAAAGUGAGCUGCUGUCCUAUUGGCUGAUCCUCCCCUACAUACAUGGCUGUGAUAGAUCUGUAUUGAUCUUCCCCCUCUACUCUGCUGCUCACUCUCCAGUCUCAAUUGUUCAAUGAAGAGAUCCCUGAAGGAUGCUGCACGUCCCCUGCACCCCUGGACUAUGACAAGCUGUGGUCCCUAACUGAACCCAUAAUAUAGCAAAUCUCAGCAUGGAUCUUAUCAAAGCAUUUGCACCAACUGUGUUUGUUUUAUUCCUGUCUUGUGAAGCAAACAGACUGCAAAGUGGACAGAUUGUCUGCAAACACGGGACACAGAAGCCCUGUUACAAAAUUGUUUAUUUUCACGACGUCUCACGUAGGGUGAGCUUUGUGGAGGCUCAGGAUUCCUGUCAGCGAGAUGGGGGUCACCUCAUGACCAUAGAGUCUGAAAAAGAACAGAAACUGAUUGAGGUCCUUAUCCAGAGUCUCACGGCUGCUGAUGGAGACUUCUGGCUGGGUCUCAGGAGGAAGGAAGAUGAUUCCCAGAAUGCAAGUGACUGUCAGAGCUUGUACAGAUGGGUGGAUGGUACCAAACCCACCUUCUGGAACUGGUAUGUGGAUGAGCCAUCCUGCGGAAGUGAGGUGUGUGUAGUAAUGUAUCACCAACCUUCUGCACCCCCUGGCGUGGGGGGUCCCUACAAGUUCCAGUGGAAUGACGACCGAUGCAAUAUGCUGAACAAUUUUAUCUGCAAAUAUCCAUUAGAAAACCCAACAGUUCCUCCCCCAGAAAACAAAUCACAUGUGGAUGCCACCACACCUACCCAAAACCACAGUCACCCAGAGGAGCCCGAAAACAAAGCAAAUGAGACCAUGAGUGCAGCUGAAGGGAAUAUCACACAUUUUAUCCUGAUCGCUGCCAUUCCCCUGACCACCCUCCUCCUUAUUUUCUCCGGGUUGUUCUGUUGCAUCAUCGCAGGAAGAAGGGAUCAGGUCCUUACUGACACAGUUGUGAAGGAGCCGGAGUUCUGGAUGUCCCCAAACCACAAGGACAGCCCUGACUUAGAGAUAUACCACGUCAUCAAGCGUCAGACUGAGGCUGACUUAGCGAGCACGCGACCAGAUAUCCAGAACACAUCUUUCCGAAUCGCUUCUGGGGAAAACUCUCCCCCUGACAACCUCUCGGGAGACUAUGACAAUAUGAGAACAGCCCAUUCAGAGAGUGGCUUUGUCACAUUAGCCAGCACCGAGAGUGGCUUUGUCACCAAUGAACUCUAUGAGUUGUGCAGCAACAGGGUUGGGAAGAGCGAGUCUGGUUGGGUAGAGAAUGAAAUCUAUGGAUAUUAAAGGGACAUGAAACCCAACAUUUCUCUUUCAUGAUUCAGAUAGAGCAGCUAUUUUAAACAAAUUUCUAAUUUACUUUAUCAAUUUUUCUUUGUUCUCGGUGUCUUUUUUUUUUAAAAGCAGGGACGUAAGCUUAGGAGUCGGCCCAUUUCUCGAGCACUAUAUAGCAGCAGAUUUGCCAGAAUGUUAUCCAUUUGCAAGAGCAGUAGAGGGCAGCACUACGUCCUGUCAUGUAGUUCUCCAGAUGCUACCUAGGUAUCUCUUCAACACAGAAUAUCAUGGGAAUAAAAUAAGUCAAUUGGAAAUGUUUUUUAGAUUGUUCUGUCUGAAUCACAAAAUACAUUUAUUGGGGUUUCAUUGCCUUUUAAAUCACGUUGGACCAAAGACAAGAAGUGAAUAAAACAUAGACCAGUUUUUGCAUAAAAAGACUAUAAAGAAUGUGUUUUGGGUUCUGCAUUUUUUAGACAGAACAGCAGGGGAUUUGCUUUGUGUUACUAAACAUCUAUUUUCUGGAUGGAUUUCCAUACAACCAUAACAUGUGAAGACAACCAUAACAUGCUACAUAUGAAGACAACCAUAACAUGCUACAUAUGAAGACAACCAUAACAUGCUACAUAUGAAGAAAACCAUAACAUGCUACACAUGAAGAAAACCAUAACAUGCUACAUAUGAAGAAAACCAUAACAUGCUACACAUGAAGACAACCAUAACAUGCUACAUGUGAAGAAAACCAAAACACGCUACACGUGAAGAAAACCAUAACACGCUACACGUGAAGAAAACCAUAACACGCUACAUGUGAAGAAAACCAUAACAAGCUACACGUGAAGACAACCAUAACACACUACACGUGAAGACAACCAUAACACGCUACACGUGAAGACAACCAUAACAUGCUACACGUGAAGACAACCAUAACACGCUACACAUGAAGACAACCAUAACAUGCUACACGUGAAGAAAACCAUAACAUGCUACACAUGAAGAAAACCAUAACAUGCUACACAUGAAGACAACCAUAACACACUACAUAUGAAGACAACCAUAACAUGCUACACGUGAAGAAAACCAUAACAUGCUACACGUGAAGAAAACCAUAACAUGCUACACGUGAAGAAAACCAUAACACGCUACACAUGAAGACAACCAUAACAUGCUACACAUGAAGACAACCAUAACAUGUGAAGACAACCAUAACAUGCUACACAUGAAGACAACCAUAACACGCUACACGUGAAGACAACCAUAACAUGCUACAUGUGAUGACAACCAUAACAUGCUACACGUGAAGACAACCAUAACAUGUGAAGACAACCAUAACACGCUACACGUGAAGACAACCAAAACACACUACAUAUGAAGACAUCCAUAAAAUGCUACACGGGAAGACAUACAUAACAUGCUACAUGUGAAGACAACCAUAACACACAACAUGUGAAGACAACCAUAACAUGCUACACGUGAAGACAUACAUAACACACUACACAUGAAGACAUACAUAACACGCUACAUGUGAAGGCAACCAUAACAUGUAAAGACAACAUAACACGCUACACAUAAAGACAACCAUAACACGCUACACGUGAAGACAACCAUAACACGCUACACGUGAAGACAACCAUAAAAUGCUACACGUGAAGACAACCAUAACAUGCUACACAUAAAGACAAACAUAACAUGAUACACAUGAAGACAACCAUAACAUGCUACACAUGAAGACAACCAUAACAUGCUACACGUAAAUACAAAAUAACACUACAUGUGAAGACAACCAUAACACGCUACACAUGAAGACAACCAUAACACGCUACACGUGAUAACAACCAUAACACGCUACACAUGAAGACAACCAUAACACACUACAUGUGAAGACAACAUAACACGCUACACAUGAAGACAACCAUAACACGCUACACGUGAUAACAACCAUAACACGCUACACAUGAAGACAACCAUAACACACUAAAUGUGAAGACAACAUAACAUGCUACACGUGAUAACCACCAUAACAGGCUACACGUGAUAACCAUAACAUGCUACACAUGAAGACAACAUAACACGCUACACGUGAAGACAACAUAACACGCUACACAUGAAGACAACCAUAACACGCUACACAUGAAGACAACCAUAACACGCUACACGUGAUAACAACCAUAACACGCUACACAUGAAGACAACCAUAACACACUACAUGUGAAGACAACAUAACAUGCUACACGUGAUAACCACCAUAACAGGCUACACGUGAUAACCAUAACAUGCUACACAUGAAGACAACAUAACACGCUACACGUGAUAACAACCAUAACACACAACAUGUGAAGACAACCAUAACAUGCUACACGUGAAGACAUACAUAACACACUACACGUGAAGACAUACAUAACACGCUACAUGUGAAGGCAACCAUAACAUGUAAAGACAACAUAACACGCUACACAUAAAGACAACCAUAACACGCUACACGUGAAGACAACCAUAACACGCUACACGUGAAGACAACCAUAAAAUGCUACACGUGAAGACAACCAUAACAUGCUACACAUAAAGACAAACAUAACAUGAUACACAUGAAGACAACCAUAACAUGCUACACAUGAAGACAACCAUAACAUGCUACACGUAAAUACAAAAUAACACUACAUGUGAAGACAACCAUAACACGCUACACAUGAAGACAACCAUAACACGCUACACGUGAUAACAACCAUAACACGCUACACAUGAAGACAACCAUAACACACUACAUGUGAAGACAACAUAACACGCUACACAUGAAGACAACCAUAACACGCUACACGUGAUAACAACCAUAACACGCUACACAUGAAGACAACCAUAACACACUACAUGUGAAGACAACAUAACAUGCUACACGUGAUAACCACCAUAACAGGCUACACGUGAUAACCAUAACAUGCUACACAUAAAGACAAAAUAACAGUACAUGUGAAGACAACAUAACACGCUACACGUGAAGACACCCAUUAUACGCUACAUGUUAAGACAACCAUUACACGCUACACGUGAAGACUUGCUGCAGUUUAAUAAUGGUCUCAAUGAGCAUCUGAAAUUUAAAUUAACAUUUAACUGUCAUUUGUUGUUUAAUUGAUGCAAAUAAAUUAAUUUAUAUUAGUAA